AUGAUUUCUUUCAAGUUGAUACUUUUUAUUUUUGUAUAUGAUAUAAUACAUGUCAAUGGAAUAUGUGAUAGUCAAACAGGUCCAGUAGGAAGUAUCGAAUGUUCUUCUAAUGAUGAUUUUACAAAGAAACAAUGGAAUACAUGCUUAACAAAUAAUUAUAUACAACGACAUUCUCAAGGAAGACAAAAGUGCGCAGAUGGAAAUAACUAUUGUACCUAUGCAUGUAUGCCUGAAGCAUAUUAUGUGGAAGCUGGCGAUGUGGUUGAUACAUGUGCUUGUAAUGAUUCAUUAAUACCACCAGUAUCUUCACUACCAACUGAAUGUUUCAGUCCUGAUGGAUCAAAUUGUGAUUGGUAUAAAAGUUGUCUCGAACGCAAAUAUUCAUGUGAAGGUACUUCGACCGAAUAUCUUCUUAUUUACACAAAAAUAUUUUGCAAUCUGUUUAUUAAAUAUAAAAAUGUAUUUACUGAUCGAGCACUACGUUGGAUCGAUGAUGGACGUAAAUGUUUACAAAUGGCUCUUGUUCAAUUCGUUCGACCAUUUAUUAAUGGCACGUGUCAAGCUAUUGAUGAUGCAGCAUCGGAUGCAUUCAAGUCUUGUAAUCUUCAACCCUAUCCACAACAAGGAUCAAUUUGUGAUAUAACCAGAAGAGAUUGGUUACGAGCAUUUUGGAUGAUGAAAUCCGAAUAUAAUAUAUCGAUAUCAACAGCAGCUUAUGUUUGGUUACAAAAAGCGCUCGAAACCUUCUACGAAUGUCAAAAUGAUCCGCAAGCGAAUGAUUUCGGACAUGUCUACCAAGAAUUUAAACUUACAAUGGAUCUUAUUCAAACAUCUUGGAAUAAUCAAAUCAAUUUAAACAAAGAUCAAUUUGAUCAAAUUGCAAUCGAUAUUACUCAUCGAAUUGCCAAGUUUUUAAAUGCAUCACCAGAACAAUGGGGAUGGUACGGGUAUGGAGUAACCCUAGCACAGCAACGUAGUAAUACGGCAUACAAACAAAUGACAAUCGUACUACUUGUUGCUGAUCUAUCAGGCAUUGUCAAUAAUACAUUGAUACCACCUGUUAAUAUAACGAAUAUCAAGUUUAAUGAAUUAAUUGAAAAGUUCAAAAAUGCGUUGAUUAAGGGUGACCUGCUUAUAAAAAAUGACAAUGGAACAUUUUAUGCCUCACAGAUGGGUCAUUGUAUGGAUAUGAAAUGUCAUGCGACAAUAGAAAAUAUUUCAGCUCCUCCAUAUGGUUCUAAGAAUGAUGCUAGAAGAAUUGUUAUUAAAAAUAAUAAUCAUAUCCAUUCCAACUGGUCGUUAAUUAGUCAAAGAGUAAAUGCUCAAAUUAAUAACAAAGCUUAA